AAAAGGCCAAAGAGGCUUCAAGAUACAGCCGGACUGGAAGACCCAGGGGCAGGCUGGAUAGCAGUAAUGGGGAUGAAGGCUCAAGCUGGUCAAGCUGGCACAGCCACCCACGUGGUCAUUCUCCAAAUGACCCCUCUGUGGCCUUGGCUGAGCCCAGCCUGAGCUCAUUAGCUACAGCUGUCAGGAAAGGUGCCUUUGCAGAGGCCAGGGGCUAUUCUGGGAAGAACCACCCAGAACCUGCCGCAGGCCCGUACCCCUCCUUUCCAGAGUGCCCCAGCCCACCCCUCUCCUCUCUACAGCUAACAAUAAGUAACUAGAUAAAGUCUAGUUACUCAUGCCCACUCUGCCUGGGCGUCGUUCCAGCCACCUCACGUGGAAGGGCCUGUCAUGGCUCCAUUUUACAGAUGAGGAGACGGAGGCACCCAGCUGCCAGGCAGAGCACAGCCUUUGCAAAGGCUAGGUGUGUGAAGUGGUGUCAUGUGAUGAGGGCAGAGCAUCAGUCAACGAAUGCUCCUGGAGACCUGUAAGCACCAUGGCUUCAGUGGACCCCCUUCUGGGCUCCCUUGGGUGAGGGAAGAACAUGGAGCUGCAGAUCCAGACUACCAGCCCACUUCCAUCUGCACGUGGUUGGGCGUGUCCCUUGGAUGGUUGGGACGACCACCGAGGAGGAGACUGCAGAUCCCCUGCAUUGGAGGAUGUGGUCCAGUCUGAACGAGUGGCUGUGGCAGGACAGGUUCUGGCUACCACCUAAUAGCUCAUGGGCUGACCUGGAGGACCGGGAUGGCCGGGUCUAUGCCCAUCCCCAGGACAUGCUGGCGGCCCUGCCCCUGGCCCUGGCCCUGGUGGUCGUGCGCUUCACCUUUGAGAGACUCGUCGGCCUGCCCCUAAGCCGGUGGCUGGGUGUGCGGAAUCGAGCCAGGAGGCCGGUGCAACCCAAUGCCACGCUGGAGAAACACUUCCUGGUGGAAGGACAGAGACUCACUGAGCCUGAGAUGGUUAUCCUGGCCACCCAGUGUGGCCUCACACUGAGGCAGACCCAACGCUGGUUCCGAAGACGACGGAACCAGGACCGGCCUUGCUUGACCAAGAAGUUCUGUGAGGCCAGCUGGAGGUUUGCCUUCUAUCUGUUCUCCUUCUUUGGUGGCCUCUCGGUCCUCUACCACGAGUCAUGGCUUUGGAGGCCAGCAAUGUGCUGGGACAAUUACCCAAAUCAGACCCUGAAGCCGGCCCUGUACUACUGGUACCUCCUGGAGCUGAGUUUCUACAUUUCCCUGCUGAUCACUUUGCCCUUCGACGUCAGGCGCAAGGAUUUCAAGGAGCAGGUAGUGCACCACCUCGUCACCAUCACCCUCAUCACCUUCUCCUACAGCACGAACCUGCUGCGCAUUGGCUCUCUAGUGCUGCUACUGCAUGACUCCGCUGACUACCUGCUGGAGGCCUGUAAGAUGUUCAACUAUGCACACCAGUGGCGUGUGUGCAACUCACUCUUCAUCGUCUUCUCCUUGGUCUUCUUCUAUACUCGCCUUGUGCUCUUCCCCACCCAGAUCCUCUAUACCACGUACUACGAGUCCAUCGCCAACUCGGCCCCCUUCUUUGGCUAUUACCUCUUCAACUCGCUUCUGGUGAUGCUGCAACUGCUGCAUGUGUUCUGGUCUUGCCUCAUCCUUCGUAUGAUCUGCAACUUCACAAAGAAAGGCCAGAUGGAGAAGGACAUUCGCAGUGACAUGGAGGAGUCGGACUCGAGCGAAGGAGAGGAAGCCCAGGAGCAUCCGAAGCUCAAGAAUGGGGCAGCUCAGGGACCUGGGGUAGCUUCUACCGAUGGCCCUCGGAACCGGGCAGCCUGGCAGCUGGCCAAUGGGCAUAUGUUGGCCACGUAGCUAGCCAAGGACUGACUGUGCUCCUCCCAGUGCCUUGGAUUUGUUGGGUGGCUGCACUGGCAGCUCUUGGGCCAGCUUUGUGGAGACAGGGAGGGCCCCACCCCAGGGUCGAGGAAGGGUGGGCUCAUGACCUGUCUCCAGCCCCUUCCUUCUGCAUACCCUCACUCCUUUCCUUGGGGCACUAGACAGAGCUGGGUGGUAGGCAGCAGCAGGGUGCUGCAGCCCACCAGAGGCACCAUGAGGCUGCAAUCUGAGGACUGUGAAGAGCCCCAGUGUGAAAGGAGUCCAAUAAAACUUGUACAGAGCCAAAUCCUCCGCCUGAAUUUGUGUCCUGCAAUAGCUCCUCGGAGCCCCCAAGGAAGCCAGGACUCUGUUUACAUACUCCACUGACAGGGGCACUCACUGCCACCCCAAGACAUAUGCUUGGUCCCAGGAUACCCAGACAGCAAGCAGUCCUUGGAGAGUUCCCCAGGCAAGUCCCUAAGUCCCAGCCAAUGCCUUAGCCAAGCACCCCCUUCCACCUCAGGGCAGCCUUCAGCCAGCUACUUACAGACCCAGCUUACACAUGACUUUGCCUGUGGUCACAGGAGUCAGAAGCCAAGCAGAAGGGCAAAGGAGAGGCUCAUGCCUAGACUUGCAGCCUUUGCUCAGUGUUCUCUGGGCCUCCCUGGAGAGAGGGAGGUAAGGCCCAAGAGUGGGGACUCCCACUGCUUCCCAAGGGUAAGCCUAGGUGAGGUCACUUUCUCUUCCAGAGCUCUGCAGGAAGGUGUCCCCCUCUUCCCCAGCUGAAACAGACUGAGGAACAGUGUCCCAUACACCAGAAAUCACAGCCACAAGGUCCCACAGCAGGGCCAGAACAUCCUGUCUUCAGGGGAACGGCAGAAAGCUGAGCUGUGGAAAAAAAGAAGUAGGAGAUGACAGAGGAAGGGCACUGUGUGGGGACAAGGGGGAGGGCAACUAUUUUAGAGAUAGAGGACAGAUCACAGAGAGAGG